CCUCCCCACUUCCGCUCUCGGGGCCACAUUCAGUGCAGGCACCGGCUGGGGCAGCGCGCGCUGCGCACCAGGAGGGCGCUCGGGGGCUCUCUCCUGGAGCCUUUCGCCGCCCCCGUGGGGGGCGACUGCGCCGCAGGGGCCACGCGGCGAGGCGGGCAGCUGCGGCCUGGCCGCCGCAGCCCGGCGGGCAGUCGGCCGCGGGCCCCCCGGGAAGCCCGCAGGACCAGCAGCCACGGCGCCACGGCUGUGCCCGACGUUCACACGGUCGAGCAUCUGAUCGAGGAGCCUCCUCCCGACGAGCCGGGCCGGCGUUGCUCGGCCAACUCGCCGGAGAGCCGGCCCAGCUUCUUGAUCUGGGCCUCUGAGAUGGGAUCCUUCGACCCCAUCUACUGGGACCCCAUCUAG